AUGUCUUUAAAUCUAUUAUCAAACAUACAUUUUGAUAAGGAAUAUAAUGUAAAUUCUUAUUCUAAUUCAGUCUUUUCUAAAUUUGCCAAUUCCACUCCCGAUGGAUCAUGUUUUUCCAUUACUACUAGUGCAAAUUCGAUUUUAUUUUAUGACAUUGACGAAAACAUAGAGAAUGCUUCCAAACACUUCACCAAUGGCAGUUCAAUUCCCAGUGUACUCAGUAUUGAGCCUCGUUUGACUAUAAACAUCCACGACGAUGUUAGGGACUUUUGCUGGUUCCCGAAUUUCAGUAGAAGCUGCCCUGACUCCUGGUGUUUUUUGAUCGCAGUUCGAAAUAGGCCCGUUAAUCUCUACGAUUCUCUCAAUGGCUCAAAACACUUGACUUACAAACCUAUAAAUGCAGUUGGCGAGAUAGCUCAAAUAUAUUCCAUUGAUUUCCACCCUCUGGGUAAAUAUUUCGUCUGCGGAUCUUCGUCCAGUGUGUACGUCUUCGACAUCGAGUCCCCUGGGGAGCACCUUGAGCUGCGGAAACUGUCCACGAAGAAGACUCCUGGUCAGAAGGGCAUUGUUUCCUGCAUUUCUCACAACAGCUUUGGCCAUGGAAACACCUAUGCCUGCGGCAGUUACAACAGCACGGUUUCCAUCUAUGACCACAAUGAGUCCAGGAACGUUAGCAUAGUUGGCGACUUUCUUGAUCCAGAGUUUCCUCUUAAUCCGAUCACCCACGUUAAGUGGAUCGACGAAUCCAGAAUACUCGUUGGAUGCAGGAACGACUUCUAUUUACGGCUUUACGACGUUCGUGGCGACGUCAGUGUUCCUGUUCAGAGGUUCCACAGGCCCGUUGCCUCAAACCAAAAGGUCACUUUCGACUGCAGGGACAAUUUGGUAGUUUCAGGUUCGUUCAACUCCCUCUAUCAAUACCUCAACUAG